UGGACAUUUCAAUCUUCUCUCGUGAGUGAAAGUUGUUUCGAGCUUUCAACUUCAGCUACGAAGUUGAAGGUUGAUGGUUUCAUCUUACUGGUAAUUUCCAUCUCAUUUUUUCAUUUUAUUAUUGCAUGGUGCGAUCUGGAUUUUGCGCUGCAAAAUGGCAACAGAAAAGAAACACGCACUAAAAUAGCUUACAUGGGAGACGGGCCUUCCGAUUGACAUCGGUAACCAAUUUGUGUAUAUUUAUUUUGAAUGUUCACUAGUAUUACUUCAUUUAAAUGUUAAUCAUGACAGUAUCCGCCUGUGCAUAUUUAACUUGAUUAAACUAACUAACUAAACUCGUAAAUUAAUUAGUGAGAGAACAGAUGUGACGCCGGGAAAGUAAGCAAAAGAUUCCAUGGAUGUGACCUCCAGCCCACGUCUGCCUGGUACCGAGCUGAGUGUGGAGCCAACGGACGAUCACGAUGCGUGGGUGCAGCUGUCGAGAGGCACUGAGGAGAAGUUUGGCCAGUAUUGCAGCACAGCUCGCAUCAUCAUCAUGGUGAAUUGUCCCGCUUGCGAGAAACCCGUCUACUUUGCCGAGAGGAAGACCUCACUCGGCAAAGACUGGCACGGCUUCUGUCUAAAAUGUGCUCACUGCAAGAAGACGCUCAAUCCUGGUGCUCACGCAGAGCACGAGGGUAAACCUUACUGCAACACGCCAUGCUACGGCACGCUCUUCGGACCUGGAGGUUACGGUCGAGGAGGAACGCAAAGUUUCAAGUACGACCAACCGAAAUAAUCUGGCUAUGUCAUCCGUCAUUAGCGCGGGUCACUGCGUGCUGCAUUUAAUAGAUUCUGAGUUUUCCGGCCUUCUUUCUGAUAUCAAAUGGAGAAAUAAUUUUGUCGGUUUUUAGACUGAUUUUUGGGACUUUGAAUAUAUGUCGCGAUGCGAAGUUACAUUCACACGAUUUUAUGAUAGUAUUUUUUGAAAUGAUUAAUGUGAGAAUCAAGAUUAAAUUUAUGUAAAAACCUUCAUCACUAAAUAGCUAUUAUUACUCAUUUGCUCAUUUCGGCACGAACAAUUUGAAAUGACUUGAACAAAUUUAAUUUAAUCCUACUAUUAAUGAUAUUAAUUAAUGCAUAAAUACUGCGUGAAUUAAAAAGGUGCGCAAAAAGUUAGUACACAAUUUUCUUUACUAGUGCAAGCUAUACAUUUUUGUUGCUGUUAAAUUUAAUAUGGAAAUAGUAUUGGUUUUCCUUUAAGAAACAUUCGAAAGACUUCAACCACUUGUGUAAAUCAGUCCCAGUCAGUGUUCUCUAUAAUUUAAGUUUGCAUCGCACAAAUAAAUUAAAAACAAAUUGACUUCAACCUUAGUUUAAUCCUGCCGAAGUUAACAAAACGAGUUUGACCGAGAUAUUUAAAUCAUAAAUAUGGGAAUGCAGUAAAACAAAUUUUGUAUAAAUUCGAAACGUUUUGCUAUUUUGAAAGUCUGAGAUCAUAUAAAAAUGAUUAACAAGAUAAAUGGUUAACAUGGCAAAAUUUAAAACUUGAAGUCUCCACUCAAUUAACUGAAAAAAAUAGUUACUGCCAAAGUGGAUCGAUCUAUUUAUUGUGACAAUUUCAUUGAAGGGAAUAAUUUUCUCGUUCAAAAACACAGAUGACUAAUAAAAUGUACGUGAAAACUAAAA